GUUUGAAGAUCUCCAUGAAGAAAUUAGACGCUUUUCCGGAUGCAAAGUUACUAAGGCAGAAUAGUGGUCGUCUUCAAGUGAACAACCGCUUUAUAUUAACGGAUCCGGUUUGGGUUCAUCAUGAAGGUGGACCAAUUUAUUCGCUUGAUAUGCAUCCAAGUGGAAAGAAAUUAGCGACAUGUGGGCAAAUACUUGAAGCUGGUAAAGGUAUUAUUGUUAUAUGGAAUGUUGAGCCAGUUUUAAAUGAAGUUAUGGCGAAAGAUACGAAAUGCGUUAAAUGUUUAGCUGUUAUACCGCAACAACGUUGUAUAAAUUGUGUACGCUGGUCAACGAAAGGAGAAUGGUUGGCUUGUGCUGGCGAUGAACGCUUAUUAGCUAUUUAUGAAUAUGGUGGACGUAUUAAUAGUGCUGGUUCCAUUGGAUCAAAAGCAGUGGUGAAUUUUGAGCGAUACAGAGAGAAAUUUCGAUUGUAUGGCCAUGAUCUAGACGUAUUUCAUUUAGAAUGGUCGAAAGAUGGAAGAUUUCUGGCAUCUUGUGGAAUGUGUGCUCGUGUUAUUAUUUGGGAUGCUCAGCGCUUACCAAAAAAGAUUAUGACGCUAGAUGCUUCACGAGGAGGUCAUACACAGAAUGUGAAAGGUCUUAGUUGGGAUCCAAUUGGAAAAUUUUUAGCUACUCAAUCAAGUGAUAAAUCUAUAAAAAUUUGGGCUACGGACAGUUGGCAAUGUGUCAAAACAAUUUCAGAACCUUUUGUUGAGAGUUGUAAUUCAACCAUGUUCUGUCGUUUGGACUGGUCUCCAGAUGGGGCUUAUUUAAUUGCUCCUUGUGCUACCAAUAACGCUGGCCCAACUGCACAGCUUAUUCGACGAAAAGAUUGGGAUAUGUCGCUUGACUUAGUGGGACAUCGUAAAGCAGUGACAGUUGUACGUGCUUGUCCACGUAUGAUUGAAUAUACGGACCAUAAAGGAAAACUGUUACAUGUUUGUUGUUUUGCGAUGGGUAGUAGAGAUAAAACACUUAGUGUUUGGCUUAUUCCAAAUGUAAGCAGACCUCUCGUCGUUUUGCAGCGUCUUUUCAAACAUUCUAUCCUUGAUUUGAACGAUUUUCACUUAACAAUUAGCUCAAUGGAUGGUUCAAUUAAAUCGAUUUUGCUUAACGCUCGAGAGGUUGGCCGAUUGUUAAGUAGUAAAGAAAUGGGCGAUAUGUGCGAAAGGUUAUACAGUCGUCGACCAUUGCAAUAUUGUGAUUCUUCAUUAAAUUGUUCAUCGACUGUCACCAAUGGUUCUAAGUUUGUAGAUGACCUAGCCAAUUUAAAUCGUGAGAAAAUGGUUACAGUUAGCGACAAAUUUGAAAAAGUUCUCUCAGAAGAGCAGAAAAAAUCUGAUGCGAUUUCCCAGAAAAAUAAUGAAGAUGGGAAACAAAAGCAGGACGUUGAGCAGACAAAAAAUAUCUCGGCGUCCUCAGUGCCUGUUGUACAAGCAGAAUCGCGCACGAAAUCGAAUAAGCGUCGUAUUCAGCCUCUGUUUGUCGCAUCAUUAUCACUUCAAGAAAAUGAACCACCUUCCAAAAAGGCUAAGGAACAAAGUAGAGAGAUGGCUGUAACCACCUUUUCUCCUAAAAAUCAGCUGAGAAAAAAAGACUCUUAUGAUCCUUUCAUUAAUCAAGCAAAAGAUGAAGCGGUGCAAGUGGAAGUAUCUACUUUCAAGGAAGCUAUACCUGCCAUGGUGGAUAAACCUAUCUUGCGAAUGGCACCUUUGCCUGAUACUGUGAAAGUGUGCGACGGUCAAAAUCAGUUUAUCAAACUUCCUAUUCCGCCGCAUAAACCGCAACAUACUGUUGUUUUGGAAACUAAUUUAACGCAUCCUGUAGACAAAAUCGAUGUAUUCAAUGAUGUCGAGAUAUCAUUAUCCAUAUUUGCUACUAAGCUGACUGGUUCGGUACAAAACGUCAUUCACUGGAAUUGCUAUAUCAAUUCAUCUGUUUGUUCACUCGCAGCAAAUAAUUAUUGGACAGUAGUUGGUUGUUAUGAUCGAUGUAUGUUCAUUUAUUGUUCCCAGUCAGGAUUGCUUUAUAUGAAUUUAAUGGUUGAUUCGAUUCCUUCAUAUCUUUAUGUUGCCGAUUCUUUUCUUUCCGUUUGCUCAUCCUAUGCCUUCGUAUAUGUUUGGGAUUUGGGAAAAAAGAAAUCAAUUUUAUCGAGACGAUCGCUGAAUGAUUUAUUUGAGAAGGAUGCGGAUAUUGUUUUGAAUUUGCUUGGUGAUUCUGGUUCUCCUAUUAUUGGUCUUUCUUCGGGAAAAACAUUUUUAUAUUCUUUGCGUAUGGAUUGUUGGUUUACUGUAGCAGAAUAUAUUCACUAUAGUGCUCCUAUUGGGAUAAUGGGCGAAAUUCGUGGCAGUGUAAUGCAAACAGUUUUAGAAGAACGUUUGAAUAGUGCUUUUUCUUUACAUCUUCCACGUGAAUUCAGACAUACUAUUAAUAUUUAUAUUAGGAACCUCGUUCAAACAGUUAAAAAAAACCCCUCAUCUCAUUUUAUCGCUUCAAAAAGAAUUUCAGGAAAUGCUAUAAAAUUAAAGGAUAUAUUUACUUUAUUAUCACGAGAAAAAGUUAUUUGUGGUUUAAAAUCCGAUGUAUUAAUACGAGAGUUAUUACCAACGCUUCAGGCCAAUCCUUGUUGUGCAGCAAUUUCUGAAGAGUUGAAGACACGUGAAGAAAAUGAUUCAGUGAAGACGACAUUAUUAUUAUUCGGUAGCGCUCGUGAACUUGCAAAAUUUUCCGAGAAAGAGAUUCUUGUUCCUGCCACAACUAAUAAAUGUGAACUCAUGCAGUUUAUUUUUGACGAGGUUAAAGAGAUAAGUUGCCUCAAAGAUUGUUGCUUGCUGGCGUUGAAUCAAGAAUAUGUGUGUAAUGAUGAAACUAUUCAAAUACAACCUCAUUCAGAAAUUGCAAUUAUACCACCUUUAAGUGGAGGUUAG